AUGCAGACAUCAUCAUCAUCAUCAUCAAUAUUACUUAAUCUAGAUAUAUUUGAUACUGAAUCGAUUCAUGUUUUACCAAAUAGUAAUUUAUCAAUAACAUUUCGUUUUUUACGUCCUGGUGAUCAAUCGGAAGUUAAAAUUCUUUGUCGUGAUUGGUUUCCUAUUGAAUAUCCAGAUAAAUGGUAUGAUGAUAUAGUUUAUGAUAAGAAAUAUUUUGCAUUAGCUGUAUGUGAUGUUUGUACACAACAAAUUAUUGGUUUAAUUGUUGCUAAUAUACUUCCAAUAGAAAAUUGUAAUCGUGAAGAUCAACAAAUUUUAAACAGAAUAUUUUCAUUAACAGCAUCAGCUUGUUAUAUACUUAUAUUAGGUGUUGUUAAAGAAUAUCGACGACAAGGUCUAGCAAAUCUUCUAUUAGAAAAUCUAUUAAAUACAUUAUAUAGACAUGAAACAUGUAAAGCUGUUUAUUUACAUGUUUUACAUUCAAAUAAACAAGCAAUACAAUUUUAUCAAUCAAAUUUAUUUCAAUAUCGUACACAUCUACCAUAUUAUUAUCUUAUUAAAGGUGAACAUUUAGAUGCAUAUUGUUUUGUUCGUUAUCUUAAUGGUGGUUAUCCUCCAUUUACUCUAACAGAUUUCGCCACAAAUGCAUGGUCAUAUUUGACACAAAUAAAGCCUUGUCGUUUACUUAAUACAAUAAGAUAUUUUCUAACAGAUAAAUUUUUAUUUACUGAUUAUUAUAAACGUACAUCAACGUAUAGACAGAUUUCACGUAUUGUUUAA